CGUCCUGUUCUGAAAGAACGACAAACUCCAUUUUGUGCUCGUUAUCCCGUCAUCUCAACUUCCAGAAUUGUUAACAUUUUUUCAAUUUUCGGUGCUAAUUUAAUGUUGAAAGAGGUAUUGGUAGGCUGCAACAAUGACUAUUUUGUCGAAAAAGAAGACUUCUCAAGGAAAAUCUGAGCCAGAAGCAACCGAAACGUCAAAUCAUCAUGCAGGAACUCUCGCUCUAAAUCAUCAGCAUGGAUCGAUGCCAAAUCACUCCCAGCAAAACAAUGAACCUAUGAGUCAUGAUCGUUUGGGAUCACCUCUGUGUUGGCCUCUGCAAAGAGAAGAGAAACGGCCUCAGCUCAGUUCGAGUUCACAUGACAGUGGCCCUAGCCACAGUAAACGAAGACACCGAGCUAGUCCUCACAGAACUACCCGUAGCAAGCUGAGAGAUCGUGAGCGCAAUGGUACUGCUUCCCCUCCUCCCAGCUCUUCACCCAAGGCAGGGCCUUCUGAUGCUCAACACAUGGAAGAUUAUAACUCUGCCUCAUGUGGUUAUAAUAGUGGUGAUGAAUAUAGCUUUUGUGAAUCUCAAGAUCUGACUGAGGCUGAGUGGCAAGAGAGAGAUCGUCGCUUUGAGAAACUGAUGUGUAAAAGAGGCUUUAUAAUUAAGGAAAUGGGGCAAGAUGGGGCUUGUCUCUUUCGAUCUGUUGCUGAUCAAGUCUAUGGAGACCAAGAGAUGCAUGCUGUUGUGCGCAAUCACUGCAUGGACUACAUUGCUGCAAACAGGGAUUUUUUUUCUCAGUACUUGACUGAAGAUGUUGGAUCUUAUGUCAACCGUAAAAGAAAGCAUAAUGUCCAUGGCAAUCACAUUGAAAUGCAAGCUAUGAGUGAAAUGUACAAUCGUCCAGUGGAAGUGUUUUGCUAUCGUAGUGAUCCUAUUAACACUUUUCAUGGAAUGCACAAAACGGAUAACGAACCCAUCCGCUUGUCCUAUCAACGUGGUAGUCAUUACAACAGCAUUGUUGACCCAUACAAAGCAACUAUUGGAGUGGGUCUUGGUUUACCUGGCUACUCUCCAGGUUCUGCAGAUCGCAAUUUGAUUAAAGAUGUAACUCGCCAUAGUGAAGAGUUAGCUAUUGAACAGACUAUGCUGGAGGACAAGUUGCGAGCUACGGAUUGGGAGGCAACUAAUGAAGCAAUUGAGGAGCAGGUUGCUAGAGACAGUUACCUUCAGUGGAUCAAAGACAAUGAAAAGCGAGAUAAAGCACUUCGUUCUGCUACUGCCACAUCAAGUGCUACUCUCACAUCUCUGGAACUUCGGCAGUCUCCUCGUCAGUCACCUCGCCAAUCUCCUCGCAGCCGUCUGAGUGUCAGCACACCACCAAGGAGCUCUCCUCGAGCUUCACCACGCUCCUCUCCAUGCACUAGCAGAGAAGAUCCCCUACAGUCAGUUGCAUCAACUUCCACAUCAAAUGAUACAUCUGCUUGUUCCACUUCAACUAGUCAGUGUGAAGGGGAGAGCAGUACAAAAGCAGCGACAAGUUCUUCUCCACGGGGAAAUGUCAGUGAUAUUGAAGGCUUUAAAUUGAUGGAGACUGCAUCCUUUCUGAAUCUGCUUCCUCCUGAAAUGUUUGGUUUAAGUGAAUGGGAUGAUGCUGGGAUACUGGCACAAGUUCUAGCAACUUCUCAACAGGAGUAUAUGGAUGAACUUAAGAAACGUUCCCAUAGUGAAGAUCCACAACCAUCAACUUCUUCUUCACACCCCUCCACCUCAGCAGCAGGGAGCAUGUAUGAUUGUGAAGCAGGUCCCUCCACUAGGUAGCCUUAACUAACAGAUAUGAUAUGCAAAUAACACCUUUGAAUUUGUCUGGAAAAUUUCUUUCAUGGUCCAUUUUUUUGCGCAAUAUAUGUGUGCUUUACAUAUUCUAAAAGCACUCUGUUGAAAGCUUAAUUGUGCCUGAAAACUUUUGUGAUGAGUUCAAAUUAUUCUCAUUCCAUAUACCUAUCUGCAAUGUACCACAUGUUUUGUUUACUCUGUAGCACUUUUACUUUUCGGAAAAUUGUUCUUUGUAAUUGAUAUACUUGAUGUACAGGAUACUGUACUAAAAGUUAGGUGAAACAAUUUGAUACGUAUGUCAUCAGCACCAACUGAUGUUGGGUAAAUCUCUCAUUUCAGGUUAAUAAAUCUCUUUAGUUCAUAUCCAAAUUCACAAAAUAGAUUUUAGAUGACCUUUGACUAUUAUUAUUAUUUCUAUUCUUCUGUACUUUCUUUUUUUUUUCUAUCUUUUUCCUGACCGGCAUCAAACCUUUAAAUAUCUGCUUUCAAGAAGUGUAUUACAGCUACAGUAUAGUCAGGUUAUCAAGUCUGCAAUGAAUGUUGAUUGCAUAUUCCUUUAAAAGAAUGAAAGUACAGUUCUUUUGGUGUUGCCAUAUCUAUUUUUGUCCCAAUGAUGUUUACCUUUUUUUAUAUAUUUCAGUCCAUUUUUUUUUUAAAUGGAAGCUUAUUUCAGCUUAGCAAACUCGUCUCACAACUUCAUUAUCUUGCUCAUCACUGUGAUUUUUUGAGUGUUACAUUGUGUUAAAAACUUGCGUUUUUAGAAAUGGUCAAUCACAAAAUGCAUCAUGUAACUUACAAUUGUAAGUUAGAUUACAUGCAGGGGUUUGUGGCUCUGUUUGUUAACUGGCUUUUGCUUUUUAACUUCAUAUAUUGUAUUCUCUCUAUCAAGCUUGUUUCUUCUGGAAACAUUCAUGUAACAUUGUGAUUUUCUAGCAUGUAAGGUUCCUAUCAUAUACUUUGACCAUUUUUUGAAAAUAACUGCAUUUGGUCAAAAGUUAUGAAGUUCACUAGUCUCCACCCAAUGCUAAUGUUUUAUUGAGGUGCGUUGGAUCUUGUUUCUAUAUUUCAAACAGUGCUGUUGGUUAUCUCUUAUGUUUUGGCUUCAGUGUUUUCCAAGAACAGCAGUUUUUAGUUGGAAAUGUGUAAGUGUUGUUGGGUAUUAUAGUUUAAAGCCAGGAGGUUGAGUUAUUUUGUUGUUUUGUUUUCUUUGUUUUUCUUUAGCAAUCCUGAAAGUUUUCCAAACAAUCUUUUGCAGUUGAUCUUAAUUGUAUUCCUCUUUAACUAACCAUUAAAAAUAAUUUUGAAUUAUCCUUACCAUUCUAUCAACUCCACCUCUUGUGGAGUUGGGUUUAGAAAUAGGAGAAAGUAAGUGCAAUUUUUAGUACAUAUUUAUAUAGACUUUAAUUUGUUCUUUUGUUAAGUUUUGAACUAUUUUCCCUCACUUGAUCAAGAAUUGUUCCCUCUUACACAUCCUCUUACAAUUCCAACCUCUCUUAAGAUUUUGAAAAAAAUAUGUGAAGAGGGAGACAAUGUUAAAAGAAGUGUGUGAGGCUACUGUAUAAAAGUUUUCUUUGAGAAACGUCUCCUGACAAGACACAUUUAAUUUUAGGCUUUACAGAUUGUUUCUAUUAACUACAUUACAUCCUGAUAUUCUUGAGGUAAUUUUAUUUGUAGUUAUACCUCCAUGUAUGUGUACUGUAAUCUAGCCUUAACUGAGUGGUUGUGAAACCUCACAAGCAAUAUUCCUGCUUACCAUGUUUUACUGGCAUUUUAAGAAUCUGGCUUAUGAAGUUCUGGUCAAUGAUCCAUGAAGUUGAAUGCAUUGAAAUUUUCUGUUUUACAACAAUUCUGUUAAAUUCUGUAUUUGUACAUUUUAUGCUCAGCAGGAUGGAUGAAUGUCUUUUCCACUCAUCAAACAACUUCUCAUUUUGUUGGAGCUGCUAUUCAAUUUUGAUGCACCCGGGUACUUUGUCCUUGAAAAGUUUUAAAUUCUGUCCAUAUAGUGCCCAAUUAAGGUAAUGUGAUACUGAACUUUCAUGGAGAAAUUGAUUAUUAGCAAACCAUCCCAAGGAGUCCCAUCAUUUUUCAAAGGAAAUCUUCUUGUUGGUUUUCUUAUUUCAUUUUUUUAACUCACCAUCAAUUAAAGAUGAGGUAAAAUAAUUGAAAAUUUAUACAUCUAGAAUAUGUUUUUGCUUCAAUGUAGCCCACGUGAUGCUCCCAACCCUAAACUGGAGUUGCAGGGUCGAAAAUGGAAAGGGCUUUUAGCAGUAAGAUCUGUGAUUAUUUCUCUAGGUUUGAAGCUCUUUUAAAGCAGAAAUUAUUCGAACCUUACUUGUACUACACAAUAAGUUUGUUAGUGUAGAUUUUAGGGUUAUCUUGAGUUCUUAUUGUAGGCUUGAGCUUUAAUUUGAAGAAUUUAUACUGAAUUCAUAAAGUUUAUGAUGCAUCCCUGAUGUAUUUAUCUAUGUAUCUAUCAUAUAUAAAUAUAUAUACAUAUAUUAUAAAUCUGUAUCAAAAUAUGAACAUGCCUUUAUAGCAUAUACUUGUAUUUAUUUU